CCACUGCAGGACAGCGGCCCCAGCACUACCCCGUGAUGAGGAGCGCGGGCCCAGAGGUCACCCGGGACCUUCAGCAGUCCCGAUGCCCAGGUGGCGUGCACCUGUACCAGUUAAGCCUAAAUGAAUGUCAACGGUGGUGUUAGGGAUCCCCAGGCUGAAGACUUUAAGUGACAAGUCAAGAGAAGCAAAAGUAAAAAGUAAACCGAGGACUGUUCCAUAUUUGCCAAAGUACUCUGCAGGACUAGAAUUACUCAGCAGGUAUGAGGAUACAUGGGCCGCACUUCACAAAAGAGCCAAGGAAUGUGCGAGUGCCGGAGAGCUGGUGGACAGCGAGGUGGUCGUGCUGUCAGCCCACUGGGAGAAGAAGAAGACCAGCCUCCUGGACUUGCAAGGACAGCUCCAGCAGCUGCCCGGUCUGAUCGCGGACCUAGAGGCCAUGACGGCAAACCUGGCGCAUUUGGAGGCUAGUUUCGAGGAGGUGGAAACCCACCUGCUGCAUCUGGAGGACCUGUGUGGGCAGUGUGAGGUGGAGAGGUGCAAGCACCGGCAGGCCCAGCAGCUGGAGAGUUACAGGAGGAGGAAGAGGAAGGAACUUGAAGCCUUCAAAGCUGAGCUGGAUGCCGCGCACAGCCAGAAGGCCCUGGAGGUGGAGCAGGCCCAGCAGACCAAGCUGCGGGAGCGGCAGCGCUUCUUCGAGGAGGCCUUCCAGCAGGACAUGGAGCAGUACCUGUCCACCGGCUACCUGCAGAUCGCGGAGCGGCGAGAGCCCAGAGGCAGCAUGUCGUCCAUGGAGGUGAACGUGGAUCUGCUGGAGCAGAUGGACCUGAUGGACGUGUCCGACCAGGAGGCCCUGGACGUCUUCCUGAACUCGGGAGAGGACAACAGCGUGCCGUCCCCAGGCCUAGGGCCUGAAUCCAGCGCUUGUCAGGACGAAAUCAUGCUUCAGGUUCCAGACCCCUCGGAAUUACCAGCCAAGCCCCCAUCCUCACCUUCUGCCUGCUCCAGCUCGGGGGCCCGGGACCCCAGGGCAGGUGGGGAGUCCCCGCUCGUUCAGUCCGACGAGGAGGAAGUGCAGGUGGACACAGCCCUCGCCACGCUACACGCGGACAGCAAGGCCACACCGGAUGUGAGUGACGAAAGCGACUCCUAAGCGUGGACUCGUGUCUUGGGACCACACACUCAGUGACCUUUCCUGAGCGUAGAGCCCCCCCCUGUAAAGUCAUGGUGUGUCGUGGAGGGUCUUGGUUUACACGGUUGCCGAUCAGGUGAGAGACGGACCGGCAGCAGGGCCGAAUAAAGUUUGAGGGCAUGAAACCAGCAGUUCGCAGCUGCUUUGUACAGAACG